AUGAGCGUCAACUACUGGGCGUCAGUGUAUGUCAUCCGAGCAGCCCUGCCGCUCCCUUCCCCCCCUCAAUACACCCUCUGUGCAUCCCCCUCCCUCUCUUCCCCGCAUCAGCUCAUGAACGUCAACUACUGGGCGCCAGUCUGUGUCAUCCGAGCAGCCCUGCCUGCGCUCAUGAACGUCAACUACUGGGCGCCAGUCUAUGUCAUCGGAGCAGCAAUGCCGGCAGUGAAGAGAGCACGCAAGGAGGGAAGAAUAACUACCCGCAUCCCUCACCCCCGUUUCCCCGCGUCCCCUCCUUCCCCCCCCCAUCAGCUCAUGAGCGUCAACUACUGGGCGUCAGUCUAUGUGAUUCGCGCAGCGCUGCCAGCCGUGAAGAGAGCAGGCAAAAAGGGACGGAUAAUGCUGGUGUCAUCACAAGCAGGGCAGGUGGGCAUAUACGGCUACACGGCCUACUCAGCCGCCAAAUUCGCUCUAAGAGGACUGGCAGAGGCGCUUCAGAUGGAACUGGAGCACGUGGGAACUCGCAUUGUGAUGCUGUUUCCACCAGAUACUGACACGCCCCAGCUGCAGCAAGAAAAUGAGACCAAGCCGGCGGUCACCAAGGCCAUCACGGAAGGAAACAAGCCCUUCCCCCCCAUGGCGGUCGCGAUAGCUGCGAUCUCAGCCGUUGAGCGCGGAGAUUUCCUCGCUCCAGUGGGAUUCGACGGCUGGAUGCUCAGCAUCGCCACUGCAGGCAUGUCCCCAUGUGUGUCACUCAACAAGCUCUUACUGGAGCUGCUUCUAGCGGGACCGAUGAGGCUGGUGGCAGCAGCAACAGUGGCGGGCUUCAAUGCGAGGGCAAGGAGGUGGUAUCGAGUGAACCACGGCAGAGGAACCACUCUUACUUCGUCGCCUCACUUAAUUUCCCUAAUUCUACGUUUCCCUCCGUCGCUUUCUCCCAUCUCCCUGCACCCUCCUUCCCUCUCACCCGUUUCCCCCUCCCCCCUUCGCCCCCUUUCCCAAUCCCCCCACUCCCCUCCCCCGUUCCCCCCUCUUUCCCCCACCAUCCUUCUCCCCCCCCGCCCCACUCCCUCCCCGAUCGCCGCCCUCCUUCCUACCACUCGCCUGCGCGCGCUUCGACAGUUUGCCGCUGCCAUUCCGCAACCGGCGCCGCCAGAAGCGGAGAAGAAGCAGCCAAUCAGCGACCUCGUGUGGCCCGCCGUCGGUGCCUUCGUGUCCUUUGCAGGGUUCGCGUUAGCAGACCAUCUGUUACAGUCACACGGCCUCACAGUCUCCCUCGGUUCCUUUGGUGCAGUCUGCUGCCUCCUCUUCGCCCUGCCGCAAGCACCCGUCUCCCAGCGCAAGACCAUCCUGAUCGCCCACAUGGGAACGGCCCUCAUAGGAGUGGCACUAUUUUGCCUACUGGGAGCGUCGUGGCUCGCGAAGGCCAUGGCUGUUGCUGCGUCCAUCACGUUCAUGCAAUGCACCAACUCCGUCCACCCCCCUGCUGCUGGCCUUCCACUUAUUUUCCUCGACGGCCCCAAGUUUCAUCGACUCAAAUGGUGGUAUCCGCUCUUCCCUGGUCUAGUGGGAUGUCUGUGGCUCUUCCUCGUGCAAGAGGGGAUCCUCUUCUUGAAAGAGAAGGUGAAAUUCUGA